GCCUCAUUAGUUCUGUGCAUCUUGUUAUUGUCAGGUUUCUUUUCUGGUUGCACGGUUAUGCUACUCGUCGCCAUUGUUCUAAGAAUAGAAUAUCAAAAACUAUUAAAGAAGGAGGGAAUGCAAUACAUGCAGAGCAUAUUUCCUCUUUAUAGUGUAUUUCUAUACAUCGUCCUACACAUGCUCGUAUAUGCUGCGAACAUAUAUUUCUGGAGAAGAUACCGAAUCAACAAUCCGUUUAUAUUUGGUUUCAAGAGAGGAACAGAAUUGGGCUAUCGCGAAGUUUUCCUCCUUAGCACAGGUCUUGCUGUACUUGCCUUGUCUGGUUUUUUGGCAAACUUGCACCUGGACAUGAACUCAAGUACCCAAGAAUUUAAGAAAGUCACUGAACUGGUUCCUUUGGGCUUGGUUACUCUUGUUCUUCUCAUCCUUGUCUGUCCUUUCAACAUCUUAUACCGAUCGAGUCGCUUCUUCUUCAUUCGAUGUCUGUUUCGCUGUAUAUUGGCCCCUCUGUACCCUAUGACAUUCCCGGACUAUUUUUUGGCAGACCAGCUUACCAGCCAGAUGCAAGCUUUAAGGAGUUCUGUUUUGUACGUUUGCUAUUAUGGUUUGGGAGAAUACUCUAGGAGGCAGAACAAGUGCCACAAACAUGGUGUCUACAACACAUUGUACUUUGUUAUUGCUAUUGUACCAUAUUGGCUGCGCUUCUUGCAGUGCCUCCGUCGUUUAUUCGAAGAUAAAGAUGCAAUGCAUGGGUACAAUGGUUUGACAUAUCUUUCAACAAUUGUAGCAGUUCUUGUUAGAACUGCUUUUGAACUGAAAGGGGGAGUCACUUGGAUGGUGUUUGCUCUGAUCAGCUCAACUGUUGCAAUGAUAGUCAAUGCAUAUUGGGACAUUGUCUUUGACUGGGGGCUCUUGAGAAGGCAUUCAAAGAACAUCUAUUUAAGAGACAGACUUCUUGUUUCACAUAAAAGUGUCUACAUUGUUGCUAUGGUCUUGGAUAUAGUCCUGAGACUUGCUUGGAUGCAGUUGAUGCUGGCAUUUAAUCUGCACACCGUCCAUAAACUGAGCAUAACAACCACUGUGUUCUGCCUAGAAAUUAUUCGCCGUGGCAUUUGGAACUUCUUCAGGCUGGAGAACGAGCACUUGAACAACGUA